AUGGAACUCAACCGAGAACAUUUUCGCGCCAUAAUUUAUUACAACUCUCAGAGACAAUUAUCGCAACAAGAAUGCCUUGCUGAGUUACUGUCUGUUUUCGGCAACAAAGCGCCACAUCAGGUGGGUGCACCAAAAACGGCAGUCAUCCAGGAAAACGUCGAUGCUGUGCGCAAACUCAUCAUUGAAGAUAGACAUGUGACAAAGACCUCGAUUCAAAAAAUUUUACAUGAAGAAUUAGGAGUAAGAAAAUUAGUUUCUCGUUGGAUACCCCACCUGUUGACUGAAGAGCAGAAAGCAACCAGGGUUAACUGCAUUGUUAGUGGUGAUGAAUCGUGGAUUUACUGUUAUGAAACAGAAAAUAAACGACAGUCGGCUGUCUGGGUGUUCCAAGGUGAAGAAAAGGCAACAAAAGUCAUCCGUUCUCGAAGUGUUUCGAAAAAGAUGGCCGCGACAUUUGUGUCAAAAGCGGGUCAUAUUGCAACAAUUCCUCUUAAUGAGCAAAGAAGUGUUAUUGCGGAUUAUCCCGAUCUAAGUCCUAACAAUUUCUUUACUUUACCGAAAAUUACAAACAGGCUGCGUGGUCAAAGGUUCCAGUCACCAGAAGAAGCAGUUGACGCAUUCAAAAAUGCCGUUUUGGAUCUGCCAGCAAACGAGUGGAAAAAGUGCUUCGAAAAUUGGUUCGAGCGCAUGCAGAUGUGUAUUAAUCUUCCUGGAGAAUACUUCGAAAAACAAUAG